AUGUCUGAAAAUGAAGCUUCUAGUUUACCAAAGUUAAAUAAAAAGCACAGUGGAAAGUCUCCUCUUUCCAGUGCUAUAAUUUCAUCCGGUGAUGUUAACGCUACACAGCUAAAACGUGAAGUUAAUAGAUUAUAUCCACAUUUACAAAGCAUUGAAAAAGAAAUCACUGCAUUGAAACAGCAACUACCGCCUAAUCUAAAUAAGGUUGUCAUUCAAAUACGACAAGAUAUCGAUAAAUUAUAUAAUCCAAACCAAAAUACGAAACAAGAAGAUCAAAAAGACUUAUUACAAAGAAGUUUAGAUGAUUUAGAGAAUAGACUUCAAACUCAGCUACAAGUUUCCAUUGAAUCUUCAAAAGCAAAUUUGGAAAAUAAAGUUCAAGAGCUUAUAAAUACAAAGCCAAAGGAUGAUAUCACUAAGAUGAUGGAAAAUAAUGGUGAUGAGACUAAUUACGAUAUGAAAUUGGCUGCUCUUGAAGCUGCACUCGAUUCUCAACAUGAAAAAACACAAAAGAGAUUGGAUUUACUCGAAAAAUCAAUAGAUAAGUUAUCAAAACCAGCAGAUGAAGCAAAUAAUUACAAAACUCUUCAAUCUCUUAGUGAAGAUAUCGAAUCUAACAGAAAAGGUAUAUCAGAUUUAAGAACAAGGUUAUCAGAAAUCAAACUACAACUAGAUAGAAGCACCUUCACCGAGCAAAUUGAGAAAACUACAGAUCAAGAUUCCGAACCGAAAUCUUCUGCUCGACCAAUAGAAGUACCUGAUCUUACUGUUCCUAUCGAGAAUCUGAACACAAAGAUACUAAAUAUGCAAACCAAAUUCCAAACUAAACUUAGAGAAUUAAAAGGAAAGGCAUUGCAAUUCGAAGAUAGAGUAAAAAAGGUAGAUCAGAUAGCAGUUCAGAUUGUGACAUCAACUGUAACAUUAGAAUCUCGUAUAACAGAAGUGAAUGCUUUAUGCAAUUCAUUAAUGAACCAGAUUAAAGAACUCGGAGAAAAAUCUGAGAAUGAUGAUAAUAAGCAGCUUAUUCAGCAACUUACUGAAAAGGUAAUGAAAGAACAGGCUGCAUUAAAAACGGAUAUAGAAAAGGUUAAAGCUCGUGCACUCAAAUGCCAAGAGUCUGUUCAAAAGAUUCAGAAAUAA